AAAGUAGAAACCAAAUAUGUUUAGCUUGGUUUGCUUCCUACCUUCAUCUGUAUUUAAUCUGCCUCUAAAUGGAACAAAACCCUAAGGGUUCUUGUAAGAACCAAUCGCCGCUGGAUUGAUCUCUGUCACUGUUUUCUUUUUUUGAUCUCACUGCACCAUUUUCUCACUCCCUUCUCUCCCUUCUCCCCCUGUUUUUCCCACCUUCAUUUUAUUCUUCUGUAUAUAUUAUCCCUCAGAAAACAUGUCUUCCUAGGAAUUUCCUGUCUAUAAUUAUGGGAACUAAUUAUGGGAAACAUAGAGUGAAUUUUGCUGUCUUGUUUUGUGUUUGAUUCUUGGGUGGUUUUGUUUCAGCUUCAGAAAUCGCUUCGAUGAGGAAAGCUUGAUUUUUUUUUUUCUUCCAGUAACUGCCAGUUAUAUUUUUGUGAAGUUGUUAACAUGGGGCGUGGAGGUUUACGUUUUAUGGUGGAAAAGGUUGAGUUUUUGGGUUUGUCGGGUUAGGGUUUAAUUUCUGCUGGUGGGUAGUGAUAUGGUUUAACUGUAUGAGGUUGGUGAUUGGAGAGUGGUGAUCAAAUUGGGAUUUUGAAAAAUGCUGUCUGAAUUUGAAAGAAGACCGAUGAUUGGGAGUAACGAGGGUUCUUUUGGAGAUGAACUGGAGAAGGAGAUAGGGAUGUUGCUUCGUGAGCAACGCAGACAAGAGGCUGAUGAUCGUGAGAGAGAGCUUAAUAUCUUUAGGAGUGGAUCAGCGCCUCCAACUGUGGAGGGUUCUUUGAGUGCUGUUGGAGGGUUGUUUGGUGGUGGCGGUGGCGCUGCUGGUGCUAGUGGUGCCUUUUCUGAGUUUCAAGGGACUAGAGAUGUUAAUGGGAUUGUUUCUGAGGAAGAGCUUAGGUCUGAUCCAGCUUAUCUUACAUACUAUUACUCCAAUGUGAAUUUGAAUCCUAGGCUGCCACCUCCUUUGAUGUCAAAGGAGGAUUGGAGGUUUCAGCAGAGACUUAAAGGUGGAGCUUCAGUUCUUGGUGGAAUAGGAGAUAGAAGGAAAGUGAACAGGACUGAAGAAAAUGGUGGUAGGUCGAUGUUUUCUACCCCACCGGGUUUUAACAUGAGGAAACAAGAGAGUGAGGUGGACAAUGAAAAAACAAGAGGUACUGCCGAGUGGGGUGGUGACGGACUAAUUGGUUUGCCUGGACUAGGGCUGAGCAAACAAAAGAGCUUUGCAGAAAUUUUCCAGGAUGAUUUGGGGGGUAAUACCUCUGUCACGGGCCCUCCUUCUCGUCCAGCCAGCCGUAAUGCAUUUGAUGACAAUGAUAUCAUUAGUUCUGCUGAAGCAGAGUUGGCUCAUUUACGCCGUGAGUCUACGACCAUAGAUGCACCAAGGCCAGGAACGAAUGUGCAAGGAUCAUCUGCUUCCCAAAAUACUGGUCUGCCAGCUUCAUAUUCUUAUGCUGCUGCAGUGGGGUCUUCCUUGUCGAGAAGCACUACUCCUGAUCCACAGCAUGUUGCUAGGGCUCCCAGUCCCUGCAUCACACCUAUUGGUGGUGGCAGAGCCAUUGCUUCUGAUAAGAGAGGUGUUUCCAGUCCAGAUGGAUUUGAUGGUGUUUCAUCUGGAAUCAACGGGUCAUCAGAUCUUAUGGCAGCAUUGUCAGUGAUGAAUUUGUCAGCAGAUGACAUGUUAGAUGGUGAUAAUCAUUUGCCAUCGCAGGUUGAAUCAGAAGUUGAUAAUCACCGGAGAUAUCUUUUUGGUAGGCAAGGUGGUCAAGAUCAUGGAAAGCAACAUGCUUAUUUAAAUAAAUCUGAAUUAGCUCACUUGCAAAAUUCAAGUAAGAGCAGGAGCGGAUCUGAACCUAAAAAUACAUCCUUGGACAGGCAGGUUGAGCUACAAAAGUCUAAUAUUCCUUCUAAUAACUCAUAUUUCAAAGGAUCACCUACCUCCCAUUUUAGUAGAGGAGGUAGUUUACCUACUCAGUACCAGCCUUUAGAUGGUACAAAUUCGUCAUUUAGUAACUAUGGUAUGAGUGGAUAUGCUGGAAAUCCAGCAUUGGCAUCCUUGAUGACUAAUCAACUGGGCACUGGUAAUCUGCCUCCAUUGUUUGAAACGGUUGCUGCAGCAUCAGCAAUGGCAUCCCCUGGAAUGGACUCAAGAAUUCUUGGAAGUGGUUUGGCUUCUGGAGCUACUGCUCCAUCUGAUGUGCACAAUCUUGGUAGGAUGGGAAAUCAAAUUCCAGGCACUGCUCUCCAGGCCCCUUUUGUUGAUCCCAUGUAUCAUCAGUACCUGAGAACAUCUGAGUAUGCAGCACAACUUGGUGCUCUUAGUGACCCCUCUGUCGACAGGACCUACUUAGGUAAUUCAUACAUGAACUUACUUGAGCUUCAGAAAGCUUAUCUUGGGUCUAUUCUCUCACCUCAGAAAUCUCAAUACAAUGUACCACUGGGUGGUAAAUCAGGAAGCUCCACUCCUCAUGGUUAUUAUGGAAAUCCUGCAUAUGGUGUUGGGUUGUCUUAUCCAGGAAGUCCAAUGGCAAACUCUGUUGUNUUAUUUGUACAUGAAUUUAGUAUUUGA